CCUUUGCAUCCUUCGAGCUCCUCCGCGAAGUUUGCACUCACGAAUCCAUGCCCUCUCUUGUCGCUCCUUUCAUCAUCUAUUCCUCACACUGAUCCAAAUGUCAUCAAGAUUUACCGUCUAAGCUGUGGUCGCGGCUUUGCUAGUCGUGUGUCUGGCCGCGGGCGCUCGGCGCUCGGCAAAUUGUUUUGGCCGGGAACAGCAGCGUCGGCUGCGUUGUGGAGGCGCUUGCCAUCUCCAACUCACCACCAUUCUAUCGUCCCCUUCUAUUCCACUCACCACCAGCCAAUCUACCCAUCCACAUCCAAUCAUGACAUCCCCGAACAUCUGCAAGUGGGGCAUCCUCGCCACGGGCGGCAUCGCCGUCAACUUCGUGGAGGACCUCCUUCUUGACUCUUCGAAGCGCAACGCCUCGGACGUGCAGCACGUUGUAGCCGCCAUUGCCUCCUCUUCGUCACUCGAAAAGGCAGACGACUUCAAGGCAAAGACUGGCUGCCCCUCCUCUACCAAGACAUACUCCAGCUACGAGGACAUGGUCAAGGACAAGGACGUUGACAUCGUUUACAUUGCUACACCCCACGUCUACCAUUAUGAGAACACGCUGCUGUGCCUCGAAAACGGUAAAGGCGUGCUUUGCGAAAAGCCAUUUACGAUCAAUGCGGCGCAAUUGAAGCACCUCAUCACCGAAGCUCGCAAGCGCAACCUUUUCCUCAGUGAGGCAAUGUGGACUCGUCACAUCCCUGCCGUGCGUGAGGUUCAGCGACUCAUCCACGAAGAGAAGGUAUUGGGUCGAAUCACUCGCGUCUUCUCCGACUUGUCAGUCCCCUUCGCCCUCGAUCCCAAGCACCGCAUCUACAAUCCGGAACUUGGGGGUGGCGCACUGCUCGACGUAGGCAUAUAUGCCCUGACGUGGCAGCUGUUGACCCUCUACCAGCAUCCUGAGAAUGCUCGCGCCCAUCCCGAAUUCACGAGUACAUUCACAAAGUCGCCACUCACUGGCGUGGACGACAGUACGGUGGUCAUUGGCAAUUAUCCUCGUCUCGGGGCUCAAGGGAUUGCCACCACCUCCCUGCACGCCAAGACGAGCUCAGUCUACUCGGUUCUCAUCCAAGGAGAAAAGGGAGACAUUCGCGUCCCACCCAUGCCUAUGAACCCGGAGCGUUUCUUCCUUGACUUGAAGGGCCAGGAGUCCAAGGAGAUCGAAAUCUCUAUGAACGGCUCCAACGGCAUGGGCUUCGAGGCUGAUGCUGCUGCGCGAUGCUUGAGGGAUGGUAAGAAAGAGACGGAGCUUUGCACACUGGAGGGCGAUUCGCUGGUGGUUAUGAAGAUCAUGGAUGAGGUGAGGCAGAAGGGAGAUUUCAGGUACCCGGAGAAGUGGGAGGCUACGCGACCUGGCGUUUGAUGAGGCCUGCGAGGAUAGUCGGACGCAGAC